UCAAAGAUCCAGUGAUCAUGAAAUUCAAUACACACGUUUAUUCCUAACGGCUCUCGGAAUUUGGCCAAAGAUAUCAACCAGCUCAACUAGAACUGAGAGAAUGUGUGCAUUUUUUCCAAUUGGUAUUUUCAUUCUCACCUUCAUUGCGAGUGUUAUUCCAUGCGUUAUGUUUGCAUCGAUAAAAAUGAAAACGAUGAGCGAUCGAUUGGUCUUUCUCGGUCCACUUGGAUUUCACGUGACAAACUCCUUGAAAUAUAUUUUAAUAAUAUAUCACAGUGAUGUAAUGAAAAAAUGCGUAACUCAGGUGACAGCCGAUUGGAUGGAAGCUCAGACGAACGAGGAGCAAAAUGUCAUGUGGAAAAGUGCUAAUUUAGGACGGAGUUUGACGCGAAUGUGCGCUUUUUUCAUGUUCAGUGGUGCGAUAUUUUUUCAAGCAAUGACAAUGCUCAAGCCCAAAGAAAUUGAUAAGUUCAAUGUAACAAUCAGACAGCACGUUUUACCCCGGUAUGAUUACUUCGUCGAUUCACAAAUGAGUCCAGUAUUUGAGAUUACGUACGGUACGCACACUAUAUUAUUAGUGUUUCUUUACACAAUUGAAAUAGCCAUAUGCAAUUUAGCAGCGGUUUUUGUUAGUCAUAUUUGUGGACAAGUGCGUGUGAUGAAGCUGAAAUUAAAAAGACUUGAGGAAUCCGCUUGUGAAAGAUCUAACGAUCUCGAUGAUGCCAUAUGGUCUGUAAUUCACUGUCACGUGAAAAUAUUGAAAUUGAUCGAAAAUACUCGCAAUGGUUUGUGGGAGAUUUGCCUGAUAGAGGUGACAUAUUCGGCUAUCGUCAUGUGCUGGUUGGAAUUUUACUGUUUGAGGGAAUGGAGCAAUAGUGACUCCCUGGCACUAGUUACGUACGCAUCACUAUUCAUAUCUCUGACAUUCAAUAUUUUCACGCUGUGCCUCAUUGGUGAAGUAGCUAAAAAUGAGUGCUCAUCAGUGGCUGAAUUGACAUACAAUAUCGCCUGGUAUCACAUACCUCCCAAACAACUCACAUCAUUCAUUCUGAUAAUUGCCAUGGCCAGAUAUUCUCGAAACCUAUCAGCAGGAGGAAUGGUGGAAAUGACACUUCAGAGUUUUGCUACGGUACUGAAAACGUCUUUCAUGUAUUUCCAAAUGUUGAGAACAGUUACCGGAUGAUUUUUCAAUUAAACAAAUGCUCAGCACUCCGCACCCGUGCCAUAACUGUCAAGGAUAGCCAAAUGGUAUAGAUGCUGACAACUGCUUGGAAAUGUAGCGUGGAAAAAAAACUUCACAGCUAUCAAAUAUUCAGAGACUGAAGUCCUCUUGUUCGCUGGGAGCUUUAGUCUGGUGCCAGUCGAUAAUCGAACCGCUGAG